AUGUCGGCCAAUGCAUAUUCGGAGCAAGCUGCCUCAUAUUUUGCCCUCCCACUGCCGUUGUGGCAGCAGCCUGUGAGCUACCGGACAGCCAAGUACGAACAUCUGAAGCAGCGAGGAAGACUUCGAAAGGAACAUGACGACGACAACGAAGAUUCGGACCAAGAGGGCAGUGAUGGAUAUGAAACAGACAGUGCGAUACAAAGCGAGCCUGAGUCGAGGGAUAAACAACAGAAGAAACGCCAGUCAAGCCCUAGAAUACCACUAGUCCUAUCUCCUGGAGAAGCACAUCAAUAUAGGAUCUCAGGGCUUCCAACGUAUCGUGAGUUGCCAGGUGGUAAAUUUCCCCAUAAAGCCGAUUUGGACGACCAUGAUUUCCUUGAUAGUGAUGAUGAAGCCGACAGUAACCAAGAUGGGGAAAACUCUUUGACCACAAAACGGAAGAGUGCUAAAUCUCUAAAUAAUAGGCAACGAAUAGAGGCUGAGCUAUCUCGAUUGAAUCCGCCAAUUUAUCUAGCAGGUGGUAACCCUGCAAAGAAAAAUACACUCCGGCUUCACCAUUUGAGCGUUGUGACUGCCAUCUUACAUCGUUGUCUAAUGGAAGGAGACUAUCUCCGUGCUGGGAGGGCGCUGGGUCUGAUUCUUCGAGAUAACUUCGGCGGACACCCGGUAGAUGUGAGGAACUCAGGGAGGUGGGCCACUGGAGCAGAGAUACUACUACAGACUGGCUCAAAUGCCAGUAAACCAGCAGAUGCGAGCAACAGGAACCAUGCAACUGACGGUGAUAGAGCAUGGUUUACAAGGGAAGGGUUUCAGCGAGCCAAGGAAUACUACGAAAGGUUGAUUAUCCAAUAUCAGUAUCGUAAGGCAGCGCCGAACGCGCUAAGUCCAUUACAUUUCUAUCCAGCCAUGUUUGGGUUAUGGAUAUCAGUAUCCCAAGAGGAGAGCCGCCUGGCUAGGGAAGCUGGGGAGCCGACUCGUAGCCCUGGUGCGUCUGUUGUCGACAGCAAUGAUUAUGCAGACCCUGAUACAAGAAUGGAGGAAUACACAGAGAGGGAUGAGAAGUCGUUGGAUGAUAAAAAGGCCACCAUUGACGCUUGUUUUAAAGAACUCAAAGAUGCUCAGCAGAUUGCAAGACAGAUGGAUGAUUUGCUCGUUUCUCCUCCUUUCUCGGAUAGCCACGAAUUGCUUAGGCUGCGUGGAAUGGUAUCUCAGUGGAUAGGUGACCUUUACCUAUCUUCAGUCUUACCUAAUGGCGACGAGUCUGGUUUGGCUGGUAUGAAGGAUGACGAUGAAGGCGAAGACAGUUUUCAGGAUGAUGGUGGUGGUAGUGGAAAUGCACAUCUGGAUGCCAAGAUACUGAGGAUCGAAAUCGAUGCGGCCAAGGAGAAAAGGCUUGCGGAGUUCGAGAAAGCAAAGUCAUUUUUCAACAAAGCGCAGGCUAGAUUUGAACGGAACCAAAGCUCUGUUGUUACCUUGUAA